UUUCAAGGGUGCUUGGCGCCUUGAUAUUGGUAAAGUGCUUUUAGUCCAAGGAAAUGGAGUUUAGUUUUACCAGUCAUUCUCCAAAUGCUAUAUGACCUUUAGGGGUCGUAUAGAACAAAUGGAAAAGUGCUAAAUCCUUAUGGGUUUUGCAGGUUUCCAUGAGUGUAGCCAAAUUGAUGGCUGGCAGACGAGUGUUUUGCUCCGUGAAGCCCUUGUGUCCCUAUCAUCUCUACUCUCAAGUUUCAUGAUAGACUUUCAACUUUUACCUCACACCCACGUGAUAAACACCUUCCCUUCCCUGAUAAACACACACUCAUGGAGCAGGGAGAGAGUGGACCUAGUAGCGAUCAGUGAAGAGGCAGGGCCAGGACCUUUGAAUCGACCCCUGCAACCACAAAUAGGUAUCAUCACUUCGUCAGUGCUCAAGACAGCGACCGAGGCCAGGCGGCGAACCCUAGGACCCUUCAGUCCCACCUUCAAUAUAGAGAAGCUCUUGAAGGAGGGUCUCCUGAAUGUUCUUCCAGAUGAUGCCCACAAGAUUGUAAGUGGGAAGUUGUUUAUCUCUGUGACACGAGUGAGUGAUGGCAAGAAUAUUCUCCUUUCUCAGUUUGACUCCCGGGAAGAGCUCAUCCAGGCAAUUUUGUGCUCAGCAUUCAUACCUGGAUUCAGCGGCUGGCUCCCACUCUCAUUCCGUGGAGUUCGCUACAUUGAUGGUGGCUUCAGUGACAACCUGCCUAUUCUGGAUGACAACACAAUCACUGUGAGCCCGUUCUGUGGCGAAUCUGAUAUUUGUCCAAGAGACUGUCAUGUCAACUUCAUGCAGGCCCUGAUAUGCUCAGCAUUCAUCCCUGGGUUUAGUGGCUGGGUUUGUCCGAAGGUGCAAGGGAUACGUUACGUUGAUGGUGGGUUCUCCGACAACCUUCCUGAGAUGGACCAAAAAACCAUCACUGUCUCACCCUUCUGUGGUGAGGCUGAUAUCUGCCCAAAGGAUAGUACCCCAGGACUCAUGACGAUCAACCUUGCUAACACUAGCAUUGAACUCAGUAAAGAGAACUUGUAUCGCUUUACUCGUAUAUUGUUUCCACCUCCGCCUUAUGUACUUAACAAGAUGUGUCAACAAGGUUUCAAUGAUGCCCUUGAUUUUCUCCAAAGAAAUAAUCUAAUAAAUUGCACACGAUGCCUUGCAGUUCAGUCUAGAUUUAAUUUGAAGGACUCUCAAGAUUAUGCCCAUGAUGUAGUACCAGUGCAUGAGAUGGCUUGUCUUGAUUGUCACCAACAGAGAAAGGAAGCCAUCAUUGACCAGUUGCCAGAAGCAGUUGGAUGUAUUCUGCAAGAUGCUAUCAACAAGGCAAACCAAGGUCUUAUGAAUUGGGUCUUCAAACACAAGUCUAUGAAGCUCUUGUCAAUACUCACAUUGCCCUAUAUCUUACCCAUCGAUGUUGCAUAUGCUGCCUUCCUCAAGUUCAUUGGUUCAGCCCCAACAGUCAGUGAUAUCAAGAGCUUGGCGAAUCAGAUUAUUGCUCUGGUGCAGGCUCUCAUAAAGUCAUCGAAGCUGUCUCCAUUGCAUCAACACCGACAUGAAAGCAGGUUCUCCUGCCAAUUAGCCAUCACUCAGUUUUCAGGUGACAUGGAGAUGCAACACCUUCAUAAUCGUCAGAGCUUCGACUUUACUCUUGAUCUGGAUGAUAUGAAGGGUGUACCACAGAGCCACAAAGAUGCUAUGCAAUUGGAAUCACAGGCCUUGACCGAGGUUGCUCUGCGCUGUGCUUCAAGGUCCGUAUCUCGAGCAGGUUCUCGUAUUGCUUCUCGUGCUGCUUCCCGAGCUGUCUCACGAGCAGUGUCUCGCAGACCAUCACUAAAUGACCUCUCUGACCCAAGUCUUUAUGAUGGAGCUAAUGAAAUUCUACUGGGACAAAUUAGUGACGAUGCCUUUGAACAAAUCUUGGAUGUUACAACUCACCAAGAAGCCUUGAUGGCAUAUUACUAUUUGGAUGAUAAUAAUGAGGUUCAGGUCACUGAGAUCUUUGACUUGACGAAGGAUGAGAGCAACGAAGGAGUUGAUGGUGGAGGGAUAGAGAUGGUAAAUAGUCACUGGGAUUUACAAAGGGAGAUGCAGGCAAAGUCUUGGCCUCUAAAUAUGAGAAAUGACUCCAUUGGAUCAGAACAAGGCUUUGAUGGUGACCUAAAUCCUACAGUGGUAUCUGACACAGAGUCUGAACACUACCACAGGUGAAUAUAUAUCAUCAGUGUGAUCAUAUGCUCUCUGCCUGCCACCAGCCACUAGUCAGUGUUGACAGAGUGGGACCAAGCUCUCACAGCAGCAUCACACCACUGACCAUACUCCAACAAGCAACAAGACCUGAAAAUACUUUUAUAGCUCAAAUACUGAGUUUAUAUAAAAAAACAAUAACUAGAUUACAAAACAAAUUUCAACAGUUUUCCCAGAAGGUGCUAUCUUAUGGACAUAUUUCUUGCUUCGGUAUACAGUACUGUAAUUGCUUCUUUCAAAUGUUUGUGUGUUAUAUUUCAUAAUAUAUUUUGCUGUAUCAGCAAACUUAAAACAGUUGUAUUUUUAUAUAAGUGAUAAAUUGUAUAUUUAUAUAAAUGAUAAACUGUAUAUUUAUAUAAAUGAUAAAUUUUUCUUGCUGUAUAUUGCAUUACUACAUUUAUGAGGGGAAGUGAAGUGAUAAACCUGUAGGGGUCAUAGAGCCUUGUAGAUUAUUACAUUCAUGGGGAACGCUGAACACGAGUUAGGUUCAACUCCUUGGAUCAAGAGCUCUGUGUUGUCAUUGGGUUUUCUUUCUAUAACUUGUCUGCAUUUCAUGUCUUCUGAUUUUUUUUGUAUAAGAUAAUACUUGUAGAGCAAUCAUGGAACAAAUCAUUAGUACAAUAUCUUACUUAUUUUAUGUUUAUUAUAUUUACAAGAAAGCAUAAAUUCACUUUUAUUUCUGAUGUUAUGAAGACUGAAAGAUUUGAAACUACUAUAUUUUUUAUUAAUGAGCAUUUAAAUUUGCUUGUUUUUACAAGAUUUUCCUAAACCGAAUGCAUCAUUGGUGACCCGGUGGCCUGGUGGCUAAAGCUCCCGCUUCACACACGGAGGGCCCGGGUUCGAUUCCCGGCGGGUGGAAACAUUUGACACGUUUCCUUACACCUGUUGUCCUGUUCACCUAGCAGCAAAUAGGUACCUGGGUGUUAGUCGACUGGUGUGGGUCGCAUCCUGGGGGACAAGAUUAAGGACCCCAAUGGAAAUAAGUUAGACAGUCCUCGAUGACGCACUGACUUUCUUGGGUUAUCCUGGGUGGCUAACCCUCCGGGGUUAAAAAUCCGAACGAAAUCUUAUCUUAUCUUAUCUUAUGAGUAAGGAUGCCCCCUCAGUGGAAGAGGACAUCUUUAUGCAUCCUUGAUGACAGUGAAGGAGCUUCUCCUACUAACAGUUGGACCUCCCUUACUUUCAUGAAACCUAUUUUCUUGCAUUUUGCCAAGCACUGCAUGACCCUAUGAAUGUAAUAAAUAAUAAUGUGGUAAGAUGUAACAUGUACAGUAAACACUUAUAAUGUGAUGUUAAAUAUCAUGGUUGUAUGGAAACAGUUGAAAAUGUACACCUAAAAUUGCAGUACAGAAUUACCUUGGUAAUACACCCAGUAUAUCUAAAUUUCGGUAGUACCCUUUGAAGAUUUUUACAAUAUGCUUUCUGAGUCUCAAAUGAGUUUUGCUUCUCCUUUCUUCCCACAGUUCUUGCUAAGCUGGAGGAAGUUAUGUCCACUGGAUAGCAAUUUUUCUUUCUAAUAUUUUUGUAACUUUAUAUAAUUUAUGAAUGCUUAAUUUAUAUCAAACACUAAAUGUUUAAAGAGAAUAUUUGGUGCAUUAAUAUAGACAGUCUACAAAACUUCAACAAAUGACUGAAUUAUUACCCCCUAGGUUAUAAACCCAGUAUUGGACAUGUAAUACAGUUAGUCUCAUGCCUUUAAAUAUUAAUGUACCUACUAGCUUUAUUUCUAGAACUGUUGAACAUGCUGGUGAUUGAUAAGUGAAUGAGUAAACGAGAAAAGUGUAGUGUAAGACUGUGCAUUUUCUACCGAGGCAGUCAUUAACACAGCUGACUGAAUAAACACCUUGCUAGGUAAGGCAGUGGUUUGACUAAUUAAAUCAGGAAAGAUGUUUGGGCAAGUAUCUGGCUAACUAUUGCCCCAGUUAUAUUGUAUGCACCUGGAGAAGAGAGAAGUGUAGAGGAGAGAGAGAGAUUCUGGGAAAUGUUGAGUGAAUGCGUGGGGAGUUUUGAAUCAAGUGUGAGAGUAAUGGUGGUUGGGGAUUUCAAUGCUAAAGUGGGUAAAAAUGUUAUGGAGGGAGUAGUAGGUAAAUUUGGGGUGCCAGGGGUAAAUGUAAAUGGGGAGCCUUUAAUUGAGCUAUGUGUAGAAAGAAAUUUGGUAAUAAGUAAUACAUAUUUUAUGAAAAAGAGGAUAAAUAAAUAUACAAGGUAUGAUGUAGCAUGUAAUGAAAGUAGUUUGUUAGAUUAUGUAUUGGUGGAUAAAAGGUUGAUGGGUAGGCUCCAGGAUGUACAUAGUAUUUAUAGAGGGGCACUGAUAUAUUGGAUCAUUAUUUAGUUGUAGCUACAGUUAGAGUAAGAGGUAGAUGGGAAAAGAGGAAGGUGGCAACAACAAGUAAGAGGAAGGUGAAAGUGUAUAAACUAAGGGAGGAGGAAGUUCGGGCGAGAUAUAAGCGACUAUUGGCAGAAAGGUGGGCUAGUGCAAAGAU